AUGGAUACAAUUGAAGAAAAUUUCCCGCAUCCGCUAACAAACAUAUUUACGUUAUUGAGAAACGAUGAUGUAAUUAUUGCUAGACUUGAUAAGCUUGAUAAAAAUGUUGAAGAUAUAAAGAGAGAAAAAUCUUCAAUACACAUAUUAGGCGUUACCGAAGGAUAUUGGACGAAAGUUCAAGAAUUGAUUACCGAGCGACAACACAAAGAUCACAAAGUGAUAGGUACAGAGUACAGACCUCAUCUCACGAAAAUACUCAGACUUCCAAUUCGAACACUCGGACUCUAUGAUCCAACUGGUGAUGAUAGUUUUCUUAGUACAAAUACUGAUAUCCUACCAAUAAAACUUUCCGGAACAACAGACUUGGUUAUAGUGGAUAGGUAUUCUAUUGCUUCUCAAGCACAAAAGAAACAUAUCCGAGUCCUCUUUGAGUUAAAAAAGGCUGUCAAUAAGGAACAUACAUUUCGAACCAUGGCGGAGCUAAUCUCCGCAGAUUUAAAAUCGAUACAUCCAGUGUUGGCUGUGUUAACCGAUCUGAUAGACGACUGGCUUGACAAACGACGAAUUAAUAAAUUGGAAUCAUCUGGACCCACACCGGCGACACAAGAAAGCACUGAAAUGGAUACGACUGAAUUGACGAAUAAAUCAUCUGGACUCGCACAGACAACACAAGAAAGCACUGAAAUGAAUAUAGCAUCAAGCACCUCCGAAGAACCAUUACCAAAAAGACAGAAGCUUAGGCAUGUUAUUACAACUUCUAACGUAAGUUCCGAUGUGGUUCCGAUGGAAGAUUUUUAUGAUACUAUGAGUGAAGAAGAAAUAUUCAUAUAUAAAGCAAAACAAAUUUUAACUCAAUUUUUUAGCCAGCCAAUCUUUGAUGGAUUGGAUGAUCAAAAAAAUUUAGAUUAUAAUGAUACAAAGAAAGCUAACGAUGAAGUAAAAUUGUGGCGAGAGACACUCGAUGGUAUUAGUCUUGUUAAUUUGGUGUGCAGGCCACUUAGCAACCAAUUUGAGAUUGUAGGGGUUCAGGUUGCUGGAGAGUAUAUAUAUAUUGAAUAUUCUGGUAAAUGA